UUCAAAUAGCAGAGAAUAACACCACUUCCACGCUCAAUCCAGUGUGUAUGAGGGCGACAUUUUACGUCAAGCAACCGGCGAACAACCUACGCCUGUCGCCAGAACCACUGCGAGCAUGCCCGCUUUGCCCACCAUAUUGAUCGGCCGGCCGCGGGAUCCGAAAGCGCCGUCUGCCCCUAAUUCGUUGGACUGCAACGGACGGCGUCAUGACCAGCCAUCAUCUGUACAACCACACCUGAUGCCUUUUACGAUUUCAUAUAGUGGUCCAGCGCCCGUUGGUCCAUUCAUGGUCAUGACACCGGCUCCUGUGGAACAGCCAGUAACAUCGGCUGCUAUAGCGAAUGAAGCGGCCUUGAAGGCAGAGCAAGGGCCCAAUUCCGAGAGCUUGUGCAAGGGGGGUGGUCACUUAUCGAUAUCUGGAGAAGAGUGCUACGAAUCAGCUUUCAGAGGCCGGGGGAUUCAUGGCACACCGCUGAGUCUGCCGCCCGGAUGGACAGGCGUCGUGCUCGAUGUACCCGUAGCGAUGCAACAGCUACUUCCAACGCUCCCGCGAGAUAAUCCAGCACAGCACGGGCUCCAUUCCAAGCGUAUCGGCUCUGGGAAACCUAGGAAUACGGACAGCCUGGUAGAGAAAUGGACAUCGCCGCGCAAGGAAGUAAGGAAGAAGGGGCCCACCGUACCGACACGAUUCGCAAUAGACUCGGACUCAGACUCGGACACGUCGGACAGGGAACAUCAGCAGCAAUUCGCACCGUCACCAUCAGCACCGAAGUCACCGCCUAUACAGGUUUUGGCGGAAGAUAUCGACCUGGAAGCGGAUUGGCCACAAACAAGUCAACGCAGCGAAGGGGAAGGGGUAGACGGAGGACCCGUUGGCCAUGCAGAGUCUGCUGCGAUGCGCGGGCCAUCGGAGGGCAAGGUGAUGAGCAUCGUAGGGACAUUUGAUCGCUUGCUCGUAUGGUCUCCAGAUGGUCUGGUGGAUAAGGGGGAUGACGUCUAUUUUCGGACGCUGACAGAGUGGCAAAAUGUGGUUGUCAACACUGUGCACCAACAUUGAGAUCCUGCACAAAGCCUCCAGUUGACGAUUCACUAUCUAAUGUAUCUCCUCGUCACAUAUGCUACAUUUGUCGUGGUUGAGCUGUCAAUUUAUACCAGGAGGGUCUUUGUCAGAACGCAAAAACCUUUUGUAUCAUUGCUUGCACACGGUGCA